CUGGGGCAGGGGCCGGGAUGGGGAAGGAGGCUCAGGUCUCAUUCUGAGCAGCUCGGCAAAGCAGCGCAUUGGCGGGGACCAUGGCUGGCUCUCCAGACCAGGAGGGCUUCUUCAACCUGCUGAGCCAGGUGCAGGGCGACCGGAUGGAGGAGCAGCGGUGCUCGCUGCAGACAGGGCCGGAUCCGACCUCCGAGAGCCAGAGUGGCACUGCACCCGAGAUGGACAGUCUCAUGGACAUGCUGGCCAGUACCCAGGCCCGCCGUAUGGAUGACCAGCGUGUGACAGUCAGCACCCUGCCUGGCUUCCAGCCCAUAGGCCCCAAGGACGGAGUGCAGAAACGAGCCGGGACGCUCAGCCCCCAACCCCUCCUCACCCCUCAAGACCCGAGUGCCCUCAGCUUCCGUCGGAACAGCAGCCCCCAACCCCAGACACAAGCCCCCUGAGGGCCUGAGCCAUCCUGGGCCCUGCAUGGCCCCUGAAAACAGACAAUAAAACACUUCCACAAGAAACAA